UUCCGCUCCCGGGUCAGGUGACGCGCUCGCGCCCCGCUCCGCUCCGUCCCGCCGCCGCCGCCAUGACGGGGCUCGCGCUGCUGUACGCGGGGCUGGGCCUCGCCGCCUGGGCCGCCCUGCUGGGCGUCGGGAUCUGCUACACAAUAUUUGACCUGGGCUUCCGCUUCGAUGUGGCCUGGUUCCUGACAGAGACCUCCCCUUUCAUGUGGUCCAACCUGGGCAUUGGCCUGGCCAUCUCCCUGUCAGUGGUGGGAGCUGCCUGGGGGAUUUACAUCACAGGCUCCAGCAUCAUCGGCGGUGGAGUCAAAGCCCCUCGGAUCAAAACCAAGAACCUGGUGAGCAUUAUUUUCUGCGAGGCUGUGGCCAUCUAUGGGAUCAUCAUGGCGAUUGUCAUCAGUAACAUGGCUGAGCCUUUCACUGCGGACACCCCAGAGACGAUUGGAGCUAGGAACUACCAUGCAGGUUUCUCCAUGUUUGGGGCUGGUCUGACUGUGGGGUUGUGCAAUCUCUUCUGUGGGGUCUGCGUGGGCAUUGUGGGCAGCGGGGCUGCCCUGGCUGAUGCCCAGAAUGCCAGUCUCUUUGUCAAGAUCCUGAUCGUGGAGAUCUUUGGCAGUGCCAUAGGGCUGUUUGGAGUCAUCGUUGCUAUCCUGCAGACAUCUAAAGUAAAAAUGGGCAACUGAGCUUUUGUCCACACCAGCCUGUUCCAGCCCUGCCCCAAGAGGUGCUGUAUAUACUUAUUUAAUGUUUCUAUCCUUGAUUGGGGUGGGAGCUGCCCGGCAGCGGGAGCAGGAGCCUGGCUGUGUAGAGCCCCGCCCUGCCCAUCAGUCGGCCCCUUGGAGGAAACAAAUUUCUCUGUGUGAAUUCUGCCCCAGUGGCCUGGCCCAGCCUGCGGGGCCCUGCUGCUGCGUGUCCCCGGUGUGUGUAGAAUCGACCACCAGUGCAAUUCUGUGUCCGUGAAAUAAAUAUGGUUCUCAUCCAAGGA